AAUAUGCAUCAAACGACAUUUAAUAUCUACUUGUUAAAUGAUGCUGUGGAUUCCGUGUCGAUAAACAUAAUGUUGUGUCCGUUUACGUGCCAUGGUUGUGUCACGGACGACAUCCCACUCGUCUGUAGCAUUAUUGUAUGUGGUACGUAUACCGGAACGAAUGUAAAAGUAUUAAUCCAUAUAUAUGCAAAAUUGUCGCCAGCUGGUGUAUCGGGCCUGGUGUGACACAUGGUUAUUUGUUGAAUAUUGUGACGUACAUGCCUUGUGCUGGACCCCUGGAAAUAUGUACAAGGAUUGGAUGGAGAUUCUCCGGCGACAACAGGAAAUACCAGCCAUUUUGUGCAUGUAUUUCCAAUUAUGGAAUUAAAUUGCGGAUGAGUUUUGAAAGACCGGCACGACAUUUAUUUAAGAGACAAACAGACAGACAGACAGAUGGAUGGACAAAAGUUGAUAUAGAAGUACGAGUUUCCAAGUGAUUUGGCCAGAGUAACCUUGACCUUGCCGGUGAAAUAACCUUGACCUUGCCGGCAUAAUAACCCUGACAUUACAUGUAUUGCCAUGGAGAAGGACAGGAUCGUCAGUACAGAGAAGGGGCCCACUAAAUCGUCAACCUUUCUGUCAAAAAUCACUGUCAUCGCACGACUAUGGGCCAUUCUAACGUUGGCCGUGAUGUGGGGAGCAGGGGUGUACACUAUACAGAACCCUCCCGACGUCGACCCAAAGUUGUAUCUCGGCUGGUACCUCAUAGCUGCAAGUAUCGUGGUUACCUUGCUUGAACUUACCUGGAUCAUAAACAAAUCUACAUGUUGCAAGCGAGAAGGCUGUUGUUGUCACUGUUGGUCUGUGAUCAUGUGGAUUGAUAACUGGAAGAAAGGCGUGCUCUAUCUUCUUCUGUCCGCACCGGUAUUUAUGGAAGGCCUUCGGAAUAUCCUCGGAAUUAUAAGCGGGUUCCUACUAGUGGUGUGCGGACUAUUGUACAUUGUGAAGACAUUCAAGGAUGGAAUAGUUUACACUGUGACAGAAACUCGUUACGUAAAAACUUACACGCCGAACGUCAACAUGCUGGUGCACGAGAUGGCCACACAAACUGAUGACGACAGAUACUACGAGGAAAUCUCGCCGAACAGAAGGCGAUGACGUCAAUGACCAUACCACGCUAAAUUACUACGUCAUGUUAAAACGCCCUUUUAACAAGCUGGUCAUCGAAAUGGAGGCCACCGGGGUAUGUUGGCCAUCGACGUGAGCAUGUGUAUUGAGCAUGCUUUCCAGGCCCAAACAUGCAUUGCUUACAUUGAGAACAUGACCAAUGAAACUU